AUGUCAGGCUUCGGCGACUUCACGUCCAUCUGCCGGACUGUGCCGCUCCCCCUAUGCGCCAACAUCGGCCCUACGCUGGCCGCCACCAACCGGGCCGGCAUCGAGCCCGACUGCUACGCCCGCAACAUCGCGCUCGCCAACACCAUCAUCUUCGAGGGCGCCGCCGCCUCCAUGCACAUCGUGGCGCUCGUCAUGACCAUCGUCAUGAUCCUCCACGUGCGCAGCAAGUUCACGGCCGUGGGCCGCAAGGAGAUCCUGUCCUUCUUCUACCUCUACAUGCUGCUCACGUCGGUCUCGCUCGUCGUCGACGCCGGCGUCGUCCCGCCGGCCAGCGGCCCGUUCCCCUUCUUCGUCAGCCUGCAGAACGGCCUGACCAGCGCCCUGGUGACGUGCCUGCUCAUCAACGGCUUCGUCGGGUUCCAGCUGUACGAGGACGGCACCCCGCUCUCGGUGUGGAUGAUGCGCAUCUGCUCCUCCGCGGCCCUGAUUGUCAGCUUCCUCGUGUCGCUGGCCACCUUUAAGGGCUGGGCCGGCCUCGGCCCGACCAACACGGUCGGCCUGUUUGUCGUCUUGUAUCUCGUCAACGCCGCCGAGCUGCUCGUCUACGUGGUCAUGCAGGUGAUGCUGGUGACGAGGACGCUCAAGGACCGAUGGCCGCUCGGCGACAUUGCCUUUGGCGUCUUGUUCUUCGCGGCUGGCCAGGUCAUCCUGUACGCGUUUAGUAGCAAGAUUUGCAACUCGCUGAGCCAUUAUCUCGACGGGCUGUUUUUCGCCACCGUCUGCAACCUGCUCGGCGUCAUGAUGGUAUACAAGUACUGGGACUCCAUCACCAAGGAAGACUUGGAAUUCUCCGUGGGCACGCGCAUGAACAACUGGGAGGUGAGGGAGCUCCUGCCCGAGGACGAGCGAAGAGCCACCACGUACGCCGACGACCCGUACGGCCAGACGAGCGGCCACGACCUACCCUACUCCCCGGCAGCCCAGCGUUACUCGGCAAAGUACUGA